AUCCUGACCAUUACCCGGGUCUAUCCCCUUCGGUCAUCUGUCUCCGUCUUAACGCCUCGUGACUUAUCAUCAUAUUGCAGAGAAAGAAAAAUAAAUUAGUCAGUAAUACGAUAAACAGCAGUAACCGCAGCUGUAAUUCCUAGGAGCUACUCACUCGUACUGUCGACAGUUACCAAUGAAGUGUCAUGUAUUCAUGUGAUCGAGCAUCUGUCAAUUCAAAAACACUGCGCAACAAUAAAUUCAGGGCUUAUCGAUAACAUAUGAAAUAAUUUGAGGUAAAUUGUACGUCGAUUGAAUCAGGUGUGACAAUGGUGAAUAUUGAAACCAUCAAGGAGACUUAUCCUCUCCAUUGGCUCGUCUGGAAUAAUGAUCACAUCGAGCUCAAUAGACUGCUAUCAACAAAUCAGUAUGAUAAGGAGCAACAUGAUAACAGAGGAAGGACCCCUCUGAUGCUGGCUGUCACCCUCGGAUACAAAGAAUCUAUUCAAGUUCUUCUUAAUAACGAAGUCAACGUGUAUACUGAGAAUAAAGACGGAUGGAGUGUGGUCCAGGAAGCAACUGGCACUGGGAAUCCUGAAAUUCUGCAAAUUGUCUUGGCGAGACGAGAUUACCAAAGAUAUUGCAAUCGUGUCGACGGAAUUCCGGAGCUCCUGCAGAAACUCAAACAGGCGCCUGAUUUUUACGUGGAAAUGAAGUGGGAGUUCACGAGCUGGGUUCCCUUGGCAUCCAGAAUAUGCCCUAGUGAUACAUACAAGGUCUACAAACAAGGGAGCAACGUACGAAUAGACACAACACUCCUAGGCUUUGAUCACACGAAUUGGCAGCGUGGAAAUCUCAGUUACGUCUUCAAAGGGCAAAAUGUGCCGAGCACACCAGUGGCCAUAAGGUGUCAGAGAAGUUAUGUAUUCAGCAUGGUGGGAGAGAGACCAGAUGACGGUGCAACGAUGAUGGAAGUCGAUCAUGAAACACGGAGAGUGUAUAUAGAGCAUAUGAAGUUGAUUGAUGACGAGAACGUGCAGUUAAUGGCACCUUCUGAGGAGGGAAUUCUCGCCAGAUUGACAAAUCCUAUUGUCACAACCUACGUCGAUACCGAUAAAAUUAGUUUUGAAAGGAAUAAAGCUGGACUGUGGGGCUGGCGUUCAGAUAAGAGUGAAAUAAUAAACGGCCACGAGUGUAAAGUAUUUAGUGCGAGUAACGUCGAGUUAAUAACAAAGACUCGUCUAGAGCACUUGUCGGACAGUGAUAAAAAUAAUGCGAGAAGUGCUCGCACACCGCUGCAAUCAUUUCUGGGAAUUGCUGAGCAGCAGCAGGAGGAGAACAGUGGUGCAGCCUGCAGCGAGGAAUUUUCUCACAUCGGUAAUCCGAGUAAUAUAACACCUGAGGAGUACUUCGAUCCUGAUUUUGAGUUGAAUGGAAGGGACAUAGGACGACCUAAGGAAGUUAACACGAAGAUUCAAAAAUUUCGAGCAACUCUGUGGCUCUCUGAGGACUAUCCCCUGAGCCUCCAGGAGCAGAUAAUGCCAAUUGUCGAUCUCAUGGCGAUAUCGAGCACUCAUUUUGCCAAACUCAAGGAUUUCAUUCAAAUGCAGCUGCCAUCUGGAUUUCCAGUUAAAAUAGAAAUUCCUCUCUUCCAUGUUCUAAAUGCAAGAAUAACUUUUGGAAACAUUUUUGGUAUGGACCAGGAAGUGGAACACGUUAGGAAAAUUCAGGAGGGGACUAGGACAAAUUGUGUUGUUGAUGAUAUUUGUUUUGAAGCGCCUCUGGGUUAUGCCAAGCUCGGGGCACUCGAUAGAACACAGUUCAGUAUUGAGGAAGAGGAUGAUUUGCUGCAAUUUGCCAUUCAGCAGAGUCUCCUGGAGGCUGGCAGUGAAAAGGAUGAGGUGGAUAUCUGGGAGGCCCUCAGGGCCCAAAAACCGUCGAGACCAACGACUCCCAACAUGACAACAGACGAAGAAAGGCAAUUGCAGAGGGCUAUUCAAGAGAGCCUGGAGCUCUACCGAGAGACAGUGGAGUAUCUGGACGAUGAUGAGAAUAUCCACCAGAGAUCUAACAACGGGGAUGGGACGAUAAACGAUGGGCCAUCGAUCGAGGACACAGCAGAACAGCUCAGGAUUGCACUGCGGCUCUCAGAACAGCAACAGAUCGAGGAGGAACAGCGCAGAUUACUCGAAGAAGAAACAUUCCGUCAGGUCCUCGAGCUCUCACUCACCGAUAAAUAAAAUGAAUAAAUUCAACGAGUAUUAGGUGAAUUCUGCUUCCAGCGCAGGAUAUCAAGUUGCAGUGCUUUUCGUGAACUGUUUUAUAUUUUAUUGAAAAUAAAUUAAUUGGAGGAAACACCAAGGAAUUUAUUUCCUACGUCGGGAUUCAAAAUGCCAGUGGAAUUGUCAAAAGAAAAAAAAAUGUGAAUUCAAUUCGCGAAUCUCCGGUGAAUUGUCAGUCGUUAAUUAUUAUUUGUGAUUUUAAAAUCAGUUCUGCGUCACUCGAAUUCUGACUGGGCCCUGAAAAAUAGAUAUUAUUAUUCUCGGUUUGUUUAUUUGACUCAGAAUUCAAUUAAAUUCUUUAGAUAAUGAA